GAUACUUUUUUUUUUUUUUUUGGAGGGUCAUAAUAUUGUAGCCUCAGUAUGUACUAAUAUCUCAUAGACACCAAACAGUGCAAACUCAAUAACUAAAAAAAAAAUAAAUAAAACUAAAUAUUUAAUCUGGUUUUUUAUUUUUUUUUCUGUUUUAAAAAUCAACGAUACUGAUUGAUGUUUUAAUUUGUGAUUAUUCAAUUGUGUAAUGGCUGAUCAUGACAUGUACGACGAUGAGGAAUUGGUAUCUUCAAAUCCAAAUCAAAGAAAUUGGCGUGGAAUAUUAAUUGCACUGCUUGUUAUAAUUGGUGUACUUUCACUUAUUGUAACAUCAGUUGUAUUAUUAACACCACCAGAUGAAGGUCCUCGUGUACGUGGUGCUCGUUUACGUUUAUCAGAGGUAUUAUCAGGUGAAUUAUCACCUCCUGCAUUCAACGGUACAUGGGUAAGCGGUAGACACAUAUGUUAUCACGAUCCUUGGGGUGGCAUCUCUCUUCUUGAUGCAUCUGAUCCUAAUGUCACGUCUCAGAGUCUUAUGCCCAAUGAGACUUUUCGAAGAUUAAAUCCAGCAACAUUUUCACUGUCACCAGAUCAUCGUUAUCUUUUAUUGGCACAAAAUGUUAAAGAACUAUUUAGAUACUCAAAAUUGGCACAAUACACUGUUUACGACAUAAACACAAGGGAGACAAUACCACUAACACCAAAUCCAGUUAAAUAUCCACAUCCAUACUUGUUGCAUGCACAAUGGACACCAAGGGGACAUGGUCUUGUUAUGAUACAAGAUUAUGAUAUUUAUUAUAAAACAAGUCCAACUAAAAGUGAUGAAUAUCGUGUGACAGAUACUGCUGUACCUGGUGUACAUUCAAAUGGUUUUCCUGAUUGGCUCUAUGAAGAGGAAAUAUUAAAAAGUGCCCAAGCAAUUUGGAUGAGUAAAGAUGGACACAUGAUGCUUUAUGCAACAUUUAAUGAUUCAUUGGUUGAACAAAUGCACAUGUCAUGGUUUGGUGAAGAAACUAAAGCACUUUAUCCCGAGGUAUGGUCACUGCGUUAUCCAAAACCUGGUACACCAAAUCCAACAAUAAAAUUAUUCGUUGCUGACUUGGCAGAUCCAGCUCAUAUAACAACAAAAGAGGUCAAGCCUCCCCCAGUCAUUGAACGCAUAGAUCAUUACUUUACAACAGCAUCAUGGAUAUCAUUGACUGAAAUAUGUGUAACAUGGUUAAAUCGUCCACAAAAUAUAUCAGUUAUAACUGUUUGUAAAAGUCCAUUAUGGCAUUGUCAAGAAAUUCAACGUGUCAGUGAAUCACAUGCAUGGGUUGAUACACCACCAGGACCACCAAUAUUUUCAACAAAUGGAAGUACAUAUAUUACAAUUGCACCAGUACGUGAUGGUCCAGCUGGUUAUUAUAAACAUAUUGUUUGGGUUAAUGUUUUAAAAAAACAAAUUGUACCACUUACACAUGGUAAAUGGGAAGCUGUUAAAAUAUUAGCCUGGGAUCAAAUAAACAAUACAAUAUAUUUUAUUGGUAUUCCACCAAUGAAACCAGCACAAAGACAUUUGUAUCGUGUUAGUUCAGUUAUUCCAGUAACUGGUACAUCAUUAUUACCAGCAACAUGUAUAACAUGUGUUGUUGUACCAGCCCAUGAAAAUCAUACAUUAUUAGCUGAUCUUGAUGAAUAUCAUUUGGGAAUUUCAUCGUCUGGUCAUUCACUUGGUAAAGAUAGCAUUGGUGAUUGGUCUGAUCAAGUUGAUGCACCUGAAGAAGAACAAGAACAAGAACAGGAAGAAGAUACGACUUCAGAUAUAACAUCAAAAAGAAAGAAACAUAAAAAAUCUAAACAAGGACGUGUUCAAGCUUGUCAGUAUCACGCAGCAAGUUUUCCAGUUGGUUUGGAAUUUUUUGUUCUGGAAUGUCUUGGUCCAGGUGUGCCGACAGUAUCACUCUGGAAAACAGAAUCACCACAGCCAAGAUUCAUUGCAGUUUUACAAAAUAAUACGGAACUUCAAGAAAAAAUAUCAAAAAUAGCAUUACCACAAAUUAAAACAUUUCCAGUGCAAAUAAGUGGUGGUUACAAUGCUCAGGUGAGACUUUAUUUACCACCUGGUCUUCGUGAAGAUGAAAUAACACGUUAUCCAAUGGUUGUACAAGUUUAUGGAGGACCUGGAACACAAUUAGUUACAGAUAUGUACAAAAUCGAUUGGAAUACAUAUUUGUCAAGUAGAAAAAAUGUUAUUGUUGCACAAAUUGAUGGUAGAGGAAGUGGAGGACAAGGCUAUAAAAUUUUGCAUGAAGUUUAUUAUCGACUUGGAACUGUUGAGGUUGCAGAUCAACUUGAAGUCAGCGAAUAUUUGAGAGACUCAUUGCCAUUUGUUGAUAAACGACGUGUUGCCAUUUGGGGAUGGAGCUAUGGGGGUUUUGUGACAGCAUUGGCAUUGGCUCAACCUGAUCAAGAUGUAUUUCAAUGUGGCAUAAGUAUUGCCCCAAUAAUAUCUUGGAAACUUUACAAUUCUGCAUAUGCUGAAAGAUACAUGGGUUUGCCAAAUGUCACAUCAAAUUACAAAGGAUAUGCUGAGUCUGAUGUUUAUAAUAAAAUUGAAUAUUUACGUAAUAAAAUGUUUUACAUAGUUCAAGGUACUGCUGAUAAUAAUGUACAAUUUCAACAGUCAAUGACACUUGCUCGGCAUCUUGCCAAAAAAGGAAUACUAUUCAGACAGCAGGUUUAUCCAGAUGUUAGUCACAGUUUAACUGGAGUUACUGGACAUUUAUAUUUAUCAAUGGCACAAUUUUUAGAUGAUUGUUUUACAAAACAAGUACCUGUUGAAAGAAAAGCUGGAUUAACUGGUGGUGGAUCAGAAAUAUAGCAUCUUUUUGAUAAAUUUAAAAGCUAAUUAUAUAUAUUUUAAAAUAACGUUAUUGGGUGAUACGGGAUCAGUUAGAUUAGAAUUUCAGAUCCGGGAUGAAUUAAUAAUUUUAAUGAAGGGUAAAACAAUGGAACAAAUAAACAAAUCAAUUUAAAAAAAAAAAAAAAAAUCUAAUAACAAACUAGUGAAAAAUAAUUUUUAAAAAAAAUAAUCAAAUAUAUUUAUCUCCAACUUGUGUUCCAAGUUCUUCUAGAAAAAAAAAUUUUCAAUUAAAACAAAAAAAAAAAUCUUGUUGUUUGUUUUUCUUGAGCUAUGAGCUUACGAAAAAAAGCUCUAUUUUUUUUGUUUAAAAAUUUUACAGUAGAAAAUAUAUAGUUAAGUAAAUAAUAUAUAAAAUUUUAAAACAGAUAUAUUUAUUGAAAAAAUAAUUAUUAUUAUUAUUAUAAUAUAAUUUUAUUUAAUAAUGAAAAAAUGUUUUGCAUUUAUAAUUAAAAUUGCAAUAUAUUGAUGAUUUUAAAAAUAAUGAUAAUUAAUUCAGCACACAUAUUUAAUGUACCUUUAGUUUAAUAAAUUCAUGUUGAUAAUAUUAUCAAGUAAACAAUAAUAAGCACAAAUAAUUCUAUUUGAAAAAAAAAAAAGAAAAUUACAACGUAGUUUAAUCUGUAAUAAUAACUAAUUAAUUAAUUAACGAUUGCAAAAAAAAAAAAUAAAAUAUCGAAAGAACUGAAAAUCAAUAAUAAUUGUAUGAUUGAAGCAAUCAAAAAAAAAAAAAAAAAUUUACUUAGGUAGUUGAAUAAUCAAAGUCUUUAAAAGUUGACUAAAAAAAAAAAAAAAAGAUUGAGUUAAUGUCUGGCACAUGAAUUCGUAAUCUACUUGACUUUUUAAAUGAGUAUAAAUGUCAUCUACUUCAAAUGAUUCAUGAUUGUAUUUUUUUUUCGUUUUUUUUUUUUUUUUUUGAAUAAAAAAUAAUAUAAAAAUGAAAAAAGAAAAAAUGUAUUUUCAAGUGAUACAAGUAAAUCAAGAGUCAGACUUGACAAACUUGGUCUUGUUUGAGCAGCGUCCGAGAUGCAGUAGCAUGUGAUUCUUGAGAUUUGUUGGUUUACUAAAACCACGACUGCAAAUGUGACAU